GUAUGUGCCAGGCUUUGAUCCAUCUCAGGACAAAAAAGAAGAAGACUGGUGGACUCCAAUGACUUCGGUCCGAGGUUCAGUGGAUAAUCCAGUAAAGAAAGAAAAGACAGAGAUGAAUACAGCUCCACCGCCGUCACAGUGGGAGAAAUGGUGCAAAAGAAAAGGUCAUGGACUUCAGCUUAGCGAUUCACCAUUGCCAGAAGAUGCUUCUCCGCAGGCGUCACUUUAUUAUAUCUCCGAAGAGUCAUGGAAAGGAUUCACGGAAUGGGCAUUAAAGCCUAUACCUUUAACAAUUGGUCCUACAUGCUUUAAUUUGUCUGUAGCUACAAGAGUAGUAAGUGCUGGAAAAUGGCUUGGAAACGAGGAGAUGGAUGCGGUUAUGUUUAUAUGGCGUGUGAACACUACAUUGAAUCGUUGGGCCCCUCGGCGUGUUGCUUUCAUGAGUGCUAUGUUUUGCCUCCAAGUAGACGCUGCAUACAAGAAGUUUUUACCAAACAAAAAAGCCUAUCAAUUGCCUGAUUUCCUUCUUGGGUACGGCAGAGGAGAGCUUCCAUCUCAUGGGCGGACUGAUCUAGUUUGGGGUGUUGAUGUUGAUCGACUCUACUUUCCUCUGUUUGUAAAUGGUAAUCACUGGGUUGGUGUCUGUGUAAACAUCAUUGAAAGAAAAGUAGAAGUCUUUGAUUGCGGUCGGGGAAAGAACAGACAGUACGUUGAGAAGUUUGCUGCUAUCAUUCCUAGGAUUGUGAAGUCCGUUGCACCACAAGAAAGACAGAAGCAGCUACUCCUCUCAUCAUAUUCUAUCGUGGAUGUGCCUAUGAAGUUGAGAUUGAAUAAAAGUUGUUGUGAUUGCGGUGCAUACGCUUUGAAGCACUUGGAAUGCUCGCUGCUUGGUCUUGACGUCAGUUUAGUGGAUGAUGAAAUCAUUAUGGGUUGUAGACAGAAGAUUGGAGUGGACUUAUGGGAGGCUGCACACGACCCCAUCUUUGCUGAGGUUAUGACACGAUAUGUGCCUUCACCAUGGGAGAGGUCUGAGGUCUUUGACCUGGAGGAUGAUUGAUUAACUGUGAUUUUAGUAGUUUGGUUUGUUAGAAUUAGAAAACAACUUUGGCUUUGGUAUUUGAUUUGAAUUAAGAAACAACUCUAGCUUUGAUUUUGUAUAAAUUAUGAAACAACCCUAUAAAGAACAAAAUCAUAAAAACUGAGGACCCAAACCCUAAACAAACCCUUAACUAAAACCAUAACCAUAGACAUACCCUAACCAAACCCUUAACUUAAACCAUAACCAUAGACAUACCCUAACCAAACCCUAAAACCAUAAUACAAUCAUGAUUCUUAAUCAUACCCUAAACAAACCCUAAAUCUGUAAUUCAUAGUCAAACCCUUAACCCUAAAUAAACUCUAAAACCAUAACCGUAGACAUACUCUAACCAAACCCUUAACUAAAACCAAAUACAAAUUAAUCCAACGCCUCAAACACACACCUAUUUAUUGAUUAUUUUUGUACAUUGGUCACUAUCUAAGUACGUCCGUCCACUAUGUUUGAUAGAUGUUUAAACACUAAUUUAGAGGGUUCAAAGACAAAGUUCUUGUGGUGUUAUCGAUAAAUUCAAAAUGAUUUUUUUCUGCUCUGCCUUAGCUAGAAUACGCGUUCUGGGAGUAUGAAACGACGUAGUUUUGGUUAUUUUUUUGACCUAAUCUCUUUUCUUCCUCAUUCUUCCUCGACAGAGAGAUUGCAGCGGCGAAAAUUUGGAGAUCGACUCCCUCAUGUCUUCAGUAAAUUCUUCAUCCACUACAAGAGAUCGCCUCGCGAAACAACGGGGAAUUCCCACAAGAUGCAAUUGCGGUGAGGCAGUGAAUCGUUUCACUUCAAAAACAAUUCAAAAUCCGGGAAGAUUAUUUCAUUGUUGUCCUUUGGGAUCUCAAAAGGACAAAACCCACUUGUUCAAAUGGACUGACAAGUCAGUUGUUGAGGAGAUUGAAGACUUCCAAGACCUGUUUGACGUGUUACUCGUUGACAAUUCCGAGUUUCAGAAAUCAGUGAGAGCUGGUGAGGCCAUGAUGACACGCCAUGAGAGUAGAAUUCAAGAGAUGGAAGAUGCAAUGUGCCAUUGCGAAGAGAAGACCUUGGAAUGCAUUAGGGAACUUAGGGGCAUAAAAGCUUUGUUUGUGUGUUGUUUGGUGAUGGUCUUCUUGUACCAUAUCUAUGCAUGAUGUUCAACUACUUUUAUGUGCUUCCUCAACUUGUUGUUUCUUAUUUUCAAAGAAGUUAAGACCAUGUUUCUUGUUAUUUCGAGGUGAUCAUCAUCUACUGAAACGAAUUAUUUUGCAAUUACUUUGAUUGUUACUAGAAUAAAUCGAUUUGUCUCUAUAGUUUAGCAAAUACCAAAUUGUCAAAUAGGUUCUUAAACAGAAGAUCAAAU